UCCAUCAACACGUGUAACUAACACUUCACUUCUCUUUUGUUAUCUCAUCCACCACCAACCCAUUCCAAACCCAACAACUUUUGAACACAAACAGAAAUCUACACCCUAUUCAAUGGAAUCUGUUCUAAGUCAAGCUGGUGUAGUGUUUUGCCAAAAGCCACGUUUUGGUGAGACAAAAAAUGGAUUCUUAGGCACCAAUUUCAACAACACAUGUUCCUUUGGUAGGAGAGUUAGGAGUAUGGUGGUUGUGAAAGCGGAAGCAGGGGGUGUGAGUAGUAUAAAUCCAGAUGUGAGGAAGAAUGAAGAAAAGGUUGUUGAUUCUGUUGUGCUUAAUGAUCUCUCUAAGCCUGUUACUCCUUAUUGCAGAUGUUGGAGAUCAGGAACUUUUCCUUUAUGUGAUGGAAGCCAUGUAAAGCACAACAAAGCCACUGGAGAUAAUGUUGGGCCUCUUCUUUUGAAAAAAUAAAAUUAAGGAUUUUUACUUUUGCUAUCAGAGAAGUUAAAUUUUCAGAGGUUGUUUAUGUAUCAGACUUUAAUACUAUUUCAAUGUUUAGAAAUAAAAUGUGGCCUAUAUUUCUUUAA